AUGUGGGCCUGCGACCGUUGUCUCGUCAACGAGACGCUGUGCGAGAAGUUUGGCACACGCAUCGUUGAUCUUUCGCGCGCGUUUGACGGAUCUGGCGCGCGUGUCCAGCGCGUCCUCAAGAGAGCCAUGGCGGGAGAGCCGAUCAUCACGGGUGGCAUGGGAGGUUCCAUCUCCAAAGGCCACGGCUGCAAAUGCGACCCAUGGCACAUCCAAAUGUUCCAGUGGUGGAACCAGACUUUCCCCCACCCCGGAAAUUGGCACUCGGACGGUGCAGUCGGUGCACGCGGCAGUGACUACUUCAAGUACUGCCAUCAUGAACACCUUGACCCUAACGUCGAUAUCAUCUUCCUUGAGACUUCAGUCAAUGACUUGAUGAGUGAUAUCAACUUUGACAACUUCGAGGCUCUCCUCCGCGCGCUACUCAGUUACCCUAAGAGCCCCGCCGUUGUGAUUCUGCAGACGGUCAAGCUCAACAGCCCGAUUCGAUACGGCUCUGAGCACCAGUUCGGUCUCGCGGGCUACUACGACGUACCGGUCAUCAACAUCCGCAACUGGCUCUUCCCGGCAUUCUUCCAGAACACGUCGAGCGUUGAGAACUGGUUCCUUCCCGAUGACCUUCUGCACCCGAACGCUGAGGGGCACCUCGUCAUGGCCGAGCUCAUUCAGCUGUAUCUGUACCAGCAGAUGUGCUACAUCAACAACAGUCGGCCACACGUCCCACCAAGCCACAAGGCCAUCAUUACGCAGGAGGACGCGUUCGACGUCGAAAGCAUUCCACCAUUGCGCAUGGGUCAGCGCUUCAGCCCAGACUUUAAGCCUGAGGAAGACCUGCGCCCCGUUUGCUCUUCUGUCGAUUCGACCAAGUCACCGCUUCAGCCUCUGAUGUCGGAGACCAAGAAUUGGGAGCUGUGGGAGCAGCCCGGGACCAAGGGCGAGAAGAAGUUCUGGCGGGCCACGGAGAUUGGUGCCCAGAUCACGUUUGAGGUUGACUUGCAAGUGGGAUAUGUCGACGCGUACUUCCUCAAAUCACCAAAGAACAAGCUCGGUGCCGUCGAGUGUUGGCUCGACGACGAGAAGGACCCGAAGAAGCGGGACCGCCUGGACGGGUUCUGGUCGCGUCCCGAGAGCAUUGGACAAUUCCAAAAGUUUGCAUUUGGGCGCAAGGACUCGCUCCUGCCGACCGGCAAGCACAAAAUCCAUUGCGAGAUUGUCGACAAGACGAGCAGCAAGGAGAAGGAGGUCAAGGACCGGACGACAUUCCAAUUCAUCGGCAUCUUUACCGUGUGA